CGGGGAGCAAGGCGGCCCCAGCAGGGCUGGCUUGCCGCGGAGGUAAACAUGGCGGCUACGGACGCAGCGGAACCGUCCGCGGGUUUGACCCCAGCCCCACUACUGACUCCGGCUUCAGACCCGGCCGCGACUCGGGCCAGUAGAGGAGGUGCCGCCACCUACGCGGCUUCGGGCCGGUGGGGACUCCAAGCGGGGUUGCGAGGAAGCCGGGCUAGGACGGCUGGAGGGAGGCGGCAGCCCUCAACCACGACCCCGAGCCCGACUCCUGCGGGCGAGCUGAUCCAGCCGUCCGUGUCGGAGCUGUCCCGGGCCGUGCGCACCAACAUUCUGUGCACAGUGCGCGGCUGCGGCAAGAUUCUGCCCAAUGGGCCCGCGCUCAACAUGCACCUGGUGAAGAGCCAUCGCUUGCAGGAUGGAAUAAUAAAUCCAACAGUAAGAAAGGACUUGAAAACGACACCCAAAUUCUAUUGUUGCCCUAUUAAAGGAUGCCCCAGAGGUCCUGACAGGCCAUUCUCACAGUUUUCCCUUGUAAAACAGCACUUUAUGAAAAUGCAUGCCGAAAAGAAGCAUAAAUGUGACAAAUGUAGCAACUCUUAUGGUACUGAAUGGGACUUAAAACGACACGCAGAGGAUUGUGGCAAGACUUUCCAGUGCACGUGUGGCUGCCCAUAUGCUAGCCGAACAGCAUUGCAGUCGCACAUUUAUCGAACUGGCCAUGAGAUCCCUGCAGAGCACAGGGACCCACCUGGUAAGAAAAGGAAAAUGGAAAACUCUCUGCAUAAUCAGCAGUUGUCUGAUAAGGCACUUGAAUCACUGAUCGACAACCCAGCUACUAGAACUGACACUCAAGAUUUAGAAACUUCAGAGAUAAAGCUGGUGGCUUCUUUGGAAGAUUCUUGUAGCUCUAAUGCCCGAAAGCAAACCCUUACACCUCCAAGAUACACUCAGAAGUUGCUUUUACCCAAGCCCAAAGUGGCUUUGGUUAAGCUUCCUGUUAUGCAGUUUUCACAUCUGCCUAUCUUUGUGCCUACAGCUGACUCUUCAGUCCAGCCAAUGGUGGUUGGUGUUGAUAAUCAAGGGUCUGUCACAAGCACUCUUCAUCUACUUCCUUUGUCAAUAGGAACUUUGAUACUAGGAUUGGAUUCAGAGGGUUUCUCACUUAAAGAAAGCUCACCGCUUUCAAAAAUAGUCAAUCCUGUUGCUGUUGAGCCUAUUAGUACAGGUGUACAAGUGAAUUUGGGCAAAAACUCAACUAAUGCUUUACAAGAAUUAGGAAAUGUAUGUCAAAAGAAUAAAAUUUCUUCCAUUAAUGUACAAACAGAUAUAUCUUAUACUUCACAAACUUUCAUGUCACCUUCACCUUGGGCCCCUCCUGAUUCUUCUGUAUCUUCUUGUUCUCAAACGGAUUUAACAUUUGGUUCUCAAGUUUCUCUUCCCAUUAGUGUUCAGACUCAAACAUUUUUACCCAGUUCUAAAGUAACCUCAUCUAUAGCAGCACAGACAGAUACCUUUACUCAUGCUUGUCUCCAGCCGUGUGGGAUCUCGAAAGAAACUCAGACCAGUGGAAUUCAGAGUUCAGCAGAUGCCACAAUGUCGAUGAAUCAAGCUGUCAUGUGCAAUGAUAUUUUUGAAAAUGUCCAUGAAUACGAUGUUUCUGCCCCAAACAUUGCAAACAAUAGUUUAGUCACUGCCCCUGUAUCUCACAAUUUGUUACCUCAGGAUGGCUGUAAGGAUUUGAAUCAAGAUGUUGUAAAAUCUACACCUGUUAUGAACUUCAGUACACAAAAUAAUAUACUCCCAUCACAAAACAUGACUGAUAACCAAACCCAGACAAUAGAUUUGUUAAGUGAUCUGGAAAACAUACUGUCCGGUAGUCUGCCUGGCCAAUCUUUGGAUAGCCGUAGUCUCCUGUCUGACAGUAAUACUGGGGCUGAUACUCAACUGUCAUCUGGGUCAACCCAGAACCCAGGAAUUGACUUUGACAUUGAAGAGUUUUUUUCAGCUUCAAAUAUCCAAACUCAAACAGAAGAGAGUGACCUCAGCAACAUAAACACUGAACCAGUCUUGGAAUCUCUGGAUAUAGAAACCCAAACGGACUUCUUACUGGCAGACAGCACCACUCAGUCUUACAACUGUAAAGGGAAUUCCAACUUCCUAGGGUUGGAAAUGUUUGAUACUCAAACACAGACAGAUUUAAACUUUUUCUUAGAUACUAGUCCUCAUUUGCCUUUGGCAAAUAUGCUGAAGCACUCUAGCUUUUCGGUGAGUACUGAUUCGUCUGACACAGAAACUCAAACUGAAGGACUCUCUGCCGAUAAAAAUAUACCUGGCUUGGAAAAAGUCCAGUUGAAUAGUACAGAAACUCAGACUAUGAAUAGUGGUUUUGAAACCCUUGGGAAUUUGUUCUUUACCAGCAAUGAAACUCAAACUGCAAUGGAUGACUUUCUUUUGGCUGAUUUGGCCUGGAAUACGAUGGAGUCUCAGUUCAGUUCUGUAGAAACACAGACAUGUGCUGAACUGUGUUCCGUGUCAAACUUCUAAGACAUGAUCCAAGUGUGGGAAAAACAUUUGGAAACUUUCCUUUGAGGUGAGAAAAUGAAAUAAUGAAGGACAAUAGUAGUCUAUCUGUGUUGAAUGUAACUGAUCUUAUGCAGUCCCUUAGCAGUUUCCUCAAGAUACUUUGCCUCUUGUAUUUGUAAACAUGAAACUUGUGUGUGUUUUAUACAGUGUCAGUGUCUAUAAAUUAUUAUUUUUUAGUUGCUCAUUGUUACUACUUCAUUGAUAGUAAUAGCUAUUAUAGUUCUUGUAUUUUCCGUUACACUUUGAAAAUUAACAUACAUCUAUUUCACUGAAACCAAGUCUACCUGCUUCUGCACUACAGCCUAUUUUUAUGUUAUUUUGUUCUUUAAAUAUAGGAAGUGCUUUACUAGGGGGGAAAGAAACAAUAAUAUUUUGGGGUUUUUGCACUUAAAACUUUUGAACAAUGUUGACUCAGAAUUCCUGUUGGUUCUUGAAGCUAGUAUUUGGGGUGGACAGAUGCUUUCUAAUCCCCAACCUAACAGGCUAUGUCAGAUAUAUGUAGCUAGAUUUAUGGUAAUGACAGCCACAUUUUUGUUUUUUGGUUUGGGAACCUCACCAUCUAUUUUCUAAAUUAUGAAAUUUAAAAAAAAACUAUAGCAGCUCUGCUUCAGUCUACCUAUUAAAAUAAUUACUGUACAAAAGACAUGGUGACUACUCUGUGAGCUACUAUUAUAAGUGUCCAACACUUUUCAAAUGGAUGAUCUCUCUUUGCUUUUCCUCAAGGGACUCUCCUAUAACAAUGCUCUUUAAAGGCAAAUGAUAGAUAGAAAGUGAUGUUAGUUCUGUUGAAAAUAAGUGUCACCUAAUGAAAUUAAGAGCAAAACUGUGAAAUUGUUCAUUGAUGUAGAUUGGAAUUUUUCAUAAAUAAUAUCACAUUAAGUCUCUAAGUGUCAUAGACUGAGUGGUGCUCAAGAGCUACUUCCCAAAGCAAAUAAAAUGGAUCUGUUUUGUUCCCUCUUGAAGUUAAGGAAUCCUGCCCUGCUAAAACAAAAAACACCCCCAAACCUUAUAUCUCUUCCUCCUUGGCUAAAUUAGGGUAAGGGUACAAUCUGUUGUUGUUGUUUUUUAAGUGCCCCAAUUUUUAUAUCUUCAUCAAUGGCCAACAUCUCUCUAUUAAAAGAAAUGCUCUGGUGAGGGAAUAAUACUUGUGCCUUGGGGCUGGAUAUUCUAGAGUAGAUUUAUCCUAAACAUCAUGUUUGUUUUAUUGGGGGGGGGGUGGUGUUAUUUUUUUUUUUUAAGGAAA